UGUGCAGAGGCUAGAGAGAAAAAAGGAAGCUCGACUGGUCCCUGCGAAAUUCGGGAUUAAAUUGGGAGAGACCGCUUGAGGGAAAUGGAUUCUGUACCCUCGCUGGCUAGCGUUUUGACUUUACUAUUCUCCGUCUUGUGGCAUAUAGGAUCUACAGCUACAAACUAUAACUGUGAUAACCCAUUAUCAGCCCUGCUGCCUCCAACAGCCUUUUCCAGUUCAUCAGAACUCUUUGGUACUCCCAGCCCAGCCCAACUCAACAGAAGAAUUGGAGCUGGUGGUUGGUCCCCAGUAAAUUCUAAUACUCAACAAUGGCUCCAGAUUGAUCUAGGAAAUAGAGUGGAGAUUACUGCAGUGGCUACCCAGGGAAGAUAUGGAAGCUCUGACUGGGUAACAAGCUAUAUACUGAUGUUUAGUGAUACAGGACGUAACUGGAAGCAAUACAAGCAAGAAGACAACAUCUGGACUGUUUCAGGAAACACCAAUGCUGACAGUAUUGUGCACCACAAAUUCUUACACUCAGUGAAAGCCCGAUUCAUCCGAUUUGUCCCAAUGGAAUGGAAUCCAAAUGGAAAGAUAGGCAUGAGGGUGGAAGCCUAUGGAUGCUCAUAUAAAUCAGAUAUUGCUGACUUUGAUGGCAGAAGCUCCCUCCUGUACAGAUUCAAUCAGAAGCUAAUGAGCACUUUUAAAGAUGUGAUUUCUCUGAAGUUCAAGAGCAUGCAAGGAGAUGGGGUCUUGUUCCAUGGAGAGGGCCAGCAUGGAGAUUACAUUACAUUGGAACUCCAGAAGGGGAGACUCUCCUUACAUAUCAACCUAGGUGACAGCAAACGUCGUUUCAGUAACAGCCAGCCUUCAGUUACACUAGGCAGUCUCCUGGAUGACCAGCAUUGGCACUCAGUCCUCAUUGAGCGGUUCAAUAAGCAAGUGAACUUCACAGUGGACAAGCACACUCAACAUUUCCGGGCUAAAGGAGAUGGGGACUAUUUGGACAUUGAUUAUGAGCUCAGUUUUGGAGGGAUUCCAGUCCCAGGCAAACCAGGAACAUUCCUGAAGAAAAACUUUCAUGGAUGUAUUGAAAACCUUUAUUAUAAUGGAGUUAAUGUAAUUGAUUUGGCCAAAAGACGCAAGCAUCAGAUCUAUACUGUGGGCAAUGUCACUUUUUCCUGCUCAGAACCACAAAUUGUUCCCAUCACUUUUGUCAACUCAAGUAGCAGUUAUUUGUUACUGCCUGGCACCCCCCAAAUUGAUGGGCUCUCAGUGAGUUUCCAGUUUCGAACUUGGAACCGAGAUGGUCUGCUCCUGUCAACGGCACUGUCAGAGGAUUCUGGAAUCCUGCUGCUCUACCUAGAGGAUGGGAUGCUGAAGCUUAUUAUCCAGAAAAUGACAGAACACUCCAUGGAAAUCCCCCCAGGGAGCAACCUGAAUGAUGGCUUGUGGCAUUCGGUUAGCAUUAAUGCCAGAAGGAACCGCAUUACUUUGACACUGGAUAAUGAUGCAGCAUCCGCUGCUCAUGAAACUACUCGGCUGCAGAUUUACUCUGGGAACAGCUACUAUUUUGGAGGGUGCCCAGACAAUUUCACCGAUUCCCAGUGUUUAAAUCCCAUUAAGGCUUUCCAAGGCUGCAUGAGGCUCAUCUUUAUUGAUAACCAGCCUAAGGACCUCAUUUCAGUUCAGCAAGGUUCCCUGGGGAAUUUUAGUGAUUUACGCAUUGAUCUGUGUAGCAUCAAAGACAGAUGUUUGCCAAACUACUGUGAACAUGGAGGAACGUGUACUCAGUCUUGGGCCACCUUUUACUGUAACUGCAGUGACACAGGUUAUACUGGAGCCACAUGCCAUAACUCAAUCUAUGAGCAAUCAUGUGAAGCUUAUCGGCACAAGGGAAGCACAUCUGGCUUCUUCCACAUUGAUUCAGAUGGCAGUGGGCCCCUUGAGCCACUCUACGUUUAUUGCAAUAUAACAGAGGAUAAGAUCUGGACUGCCGUGCAGCAUAACAACACAGAGCUCACUCGAGUGCGAGGGGCACAUCCCAAGAGGCCCUAUGUCAUGUACUUUAACUACAGCAGCAGCAUGGAGCAGCUGGAGGCAAUGAUCAACAGUGCCGAGUACUGUGAGCAGGAGGCCAUUUACCAUUGCAAGAAAUCUCGUCUGCUGAACACCCCUAAUGGCAUGCCUUUUACAUGGUGGAUUGGAAGAGCCAACGAAAGGCAUCCCUACUGGGGAGGUUCCCUUCCUGGAGUUCAGCAAUGUGCAUGUGGGCUGGAGGAGAGUUGUGUGGACAUGAGGCACUUCUGUAAUUGCGAUGCAGACAAAGAGGAAUGGACAAAUGACACUGGCCUUCUUUCCUUCAAAGACCACUUGCCUGUCACCCAGAUAGUUAUCACUGAUACCAACAGAUCAAACUCAGAAGCUGCUUGGAGAAUUGGCCCAUUACGUUGCUAUGGCGACCGGCAUUUUUGGAACGCAGCCUCAUUUAAUACAGAAGCCUCUUACCUUCAAUUCCCCACCUUUCAUGCAGAGUUCAGUGCUGAUAUUUCAUUCUUUUUCAAAACCACGGCUUUGUCUGGCAUCUUCUUGGAAAAUCUUGGCAUUAAAGACUUCAUUCGACUGGAAAUAAGCUCUCCUUCAGAAGUCACUUUUGCCAUUGAUGUUGGGAAUGGCCCCUUGGAGCUCACAAUUCUCUCUCCAUCCCCCCUGAAUGACAACCAAUGGCAUUAUGUACGGGCUGAAAGAAAUCUCAAACAGACUUUGCUCCAGGUGGAUGACCUUCCAACAAAGAUACUGGAUACGCAAGAGGAAGGGCAUUUUCGAUUGCAGCUAAACAGUCAUUUUUUUGUAGGUGGCACAACAUCAAGACAGAAAGGAUUCCUAGGAUGUAUUCGCUCCUUACAUUUAAAUGGACAGAAUCUUGAUCUUGAGGAAAAGGCCAAGGUCACACCUGGAGUCAAGCCUGGAUGCCCUGGACACUGCAGCAGUUAUGGCAAUCUUUGUCACAAUGGAGGGAAGUGUGUAGAGAAGUAUAAUGGCUACCUCUGUGACUGUACCAACUCUCCAUAUGAAGGACCCUUUUGUAAAAAAGAGGUUUCUGCAGUUUUUGAAGCUGGUACUUCUAUUACUUAUGUUUUUCAAGAGCCUUAUCCAGUGACCAAGAAUACAAGUCUUUCCUCCUCAGCCAUUUAUGUGGAUGCUAUGCCAUCAUCUAAGGAGAAUAUCGCAUUUAAUUUUUUGACGGGCCAAACACCGAGCCUUCUGCUGUACAUUGACUCUUACUCUCAGGACUACUUGGCUGCUCUUCUCUGCAAGAAUGGAAAUUUACAGGUUCGAUAUCAGCUGAGUAAGGAAAGAGUCCAUGUGUAUACCAUCGAUGUGGAAAACUUUGCCAACAGACAACUACACCAUGUGAAGAUUAACAGAGAUGGGAAAGAACUCACUAUUCAGGUGGACCAACAUCCUUUGUACAGAUAUAACUUCUCCUCAGAGGUCGACUUCCGGGCGGUAAGGUCCCUCACAUUGGGCAAAGUCACAGAUAGCCUGGGACUAGAUGCUGAAGUCUCCAAAGCGAACACCAUUGGAUUUGUUGGAUGCCUAUCAUCAGUCCAGUAUAACCACAUAGCACCACUGAAGGCAGCCCUGCGCCACCCCAGCAUUGCACCUGUCACUGUGAAAGGUGUUCUGGCAGAGGCUAAUUGCAAAUCUGUAAUAGAAGCAGAUGUAAACACAGUGACAACGGUAUACUCUUCAUCAGAUCCUUUUGGGAAGACAGAUGAACGGGAACCCCUCACCAAUGCAGUUAGGAGCGAUUCGGCUGUCAUUGGAGGUGUAAUAGCAGUGGUGAUAUUCAUCAUCUUCUGCAUCAUUGGUAUCAUGACUCGAUUCCUUUACCAACAUAAACACUCACAUCGAACUAACCAGAUGAAGGAGAAAGAAUAUCCAGAAAAUUUGGACAAUUCCUUUAGAAAUGACAUUGACUUGCAGAACACAGUAAGCGAGUGUAAACGAGAGUAUUUCAUCUGAUGGACUAAAUGGUCCCCACAAAUUAUUUUCCCCUUUCUUUCUGUUUUCUAUUUCCUCCUUAUUUAUUUUCCCUUUACUUUUGAGAAGACCCUACCCUUCCCCUUACCCCAACCCCAAGAGACUCCCAACAGCUAUCACACCACCUCCUCUGCACAAGCCUGUCCUGGUGACAACGACCACUCAAGAGACCUGCUAUACUACUUUAGACCUAAUAAGAGCCACAUUUGUGCAUGGUUGCCUAUUGAGUUUUUCUAUUUCCACAGUUUCUGAAGUACUUUCUUAUUUUCCACAUCUACUCAGUCUCACAGAUCUGCAUCUAAACUAUGUGGUUAGAGGUGCAGGAAUUCAUUUAUAAACCUCUUCCUGAACCCCAUGCUUCCAUUUAUAGAAUAGAGACAAGAGAGAAAUCUUGGAUUCCUGAUUUGUUUCUGUGGCACCUUAAAAGGUCCAAGAGAGAUUUUUGUUGUUGUUGUUGUUGUUGUUGUUGUUAUUGACUUAUCAUAGGCCGCUCCUUUCCCAAUCCCUUCCCCUUUUUACUGUAACUUUUAGGCUCUGAAAAUUUGCAAAUAUAGGAUUACUGAUAGUAGCAACAGGUACAAAGAAAUUAAUGUGCACCUCACUCAGCACCCCCUUGUGGGGUUGAUCAUUUAGAACAACAUACGAUAGCAUAAAUCUAGGUGAAGCAUGGGAAAAAGUAGUAGCUUGAAAUUAAAAGGAAAAAAAAUAAAAGAAAGCUGCUAAAAUUAGAUUUUCUGUAACUGCACUGAUGCCUCUUUUCGAUUUUAUAUGAAAUGUUAGCUAGGUUAUUGCCCACUGGUGUCAGAGGUCCAAGAAAUGAUGGCAUAAGAAAAUAACGGUAAAAUUUCUAAAAUACUGGGCAUCAUGAAGCAGCAUACCCUCUUUACAUAACUCGAAGAACUGAAUGAAAGAAAAUAAAUAGUAAAGAUUGGAGUAAAGGGAGAGAUAAAUUGCUUUAAUCGUUUUGGAUAGUUAGAUUCAAUUGCAUUCAAAAUGUCCAUUUGUUCUGACCACUUUCAAAAUGCUGUUUAUAAUUAGAUGAGUUGGUUAUACUGACCUUCUUGGGGAAAUGUAGACUGGAAAUCUUGCUAACUUAGUUGUUUUCAUAUGGGAUCAAAACUAUAUACUCCUUAAAAAUAUGUUGUAUCUUCUUUGUCACAAAGUCCCGAAGAUAAACCUGUAUGUAAGCUAAGGAUUAGAGCCUCCAGAGGAGGUGGUCGUUUGAAAACUCUCUUGGUAGUUUUUUGCAUUUGUUCUGUUCUUACGUUAAUCACAUUGAAAAAAACAGAAAAACACCUGCAACCUUUUGCCCUUUGACCUACGUGGAAAAAAGGAAAGGAGGGAGCUGGGGACCUCACCACCAAAUACUGAUGGAAUAAUCCACAGAUGUGGAUGGCAUUCACUGAUUCUGUUUACAAGACAAACUUGAUUUUGAAAACAAUUACUGCUUUGCUGCUUCUAGGCCCUGACAGUUAGCAGAUGCUCCAUCUUGUUCUCAGUGUUUAUAUUACAUUUGAUUAUUUAAUGCUCCCUUUGCGUGACAGGACUCCCAAUGUUGAGCUCAUUAGCUCCAUUCAUUUCAGAGUUCUCUUUGUUUUUGGUGGCUGAAAUCAUAGGAAAAUGAUCUUUCUUGCUUUUGGGUUUCUCUGCUUUAGGGCCUUACACUAAAUAAUAAGAUUGUUCCUUAUUUUCCAAUGUCUGUGAACUCCUCUAGCACCUCAUUGUUUUCAUUAUAUCUUUGUCCUAGUAAAUAUUUUUAAGUGAUUCUAAUAAGGAUGCAAUGUUUCUUUCCUCUUAUGAACUUAAUUGACUUUAAUAAACAGAGAGUUAUUUUAAUUGUAUAUCUUCCCCAUCUACUAACCCCUCCAGACUGUCAGUUUUGAAUUUUCUAAUUCUAAAAAUGUAGCAUAAAUCAGUUUUCUGCUAGGCUACAUACUCUUCUUUUCCUGAAAUAAAAGACACCAAUAAAGAAUAGGAAGUCUAGCCUGAAGCAUCUCCAAUAAUGAAAUGGAAAGAAAAGGGAGUGUGUGAGUAAUAAAGCUGAAUUUCUUCAUUAUUCAAGCUUCUGGAAGAAAAGGCUGCUUUUUUUUUUUUUUUGCUGACACGGCUUAGAUGAAUAUAUAUGUACAAAGGCCAAAUGAGAAUAGUUUGAUUUUCUCACCUACUUUGGUAUGUAUCUAGGGAGCUGUGGAGAUUGAACACCAACAUGGCCGUUUCACUAGCGUAUAUGUACUUGUUCACGUACACACAUACUAGUGCAUCUGUAGACAGCAUGUGUACAUCAUAUAUGCCCUGUUUAAAAGAGAGGUUCAUGCAGACAGCACUAUCACCACAUCACUUAUGCCAGGCGAGAUUCAAGGCAAAAUCAAGUUUGUUAAUAGAGUACCUGAAAGCUCAUUGAUCUAAUUCUGGAGAGUUCUCAUUGGACCUCAUUGAAUAACAACUAAGUAAGCUACACCCUUUAAAAUCAAAUGGGACUUACAGUGGUAAGAGUUGAGGACUGAUUCACCCCCGUUCUUUCUGUGGAAGGAUGUAUUCCUGCUGUUUCAUGCAAUUGUCAAAGUUCAAGACUGUUUCAUCCCUUGGAUAAUUAAACCAAUCUUUAGAAACACAUGUAUAGUCUGUACAAUCCCAUAUAAUCCUAUAUUUAUCCCACUCUUCCCUUUUGCUCGAUAGGUGGGUUUCCUAACUGCAUAAUGAGGUUCCAUGAGUCACCUCAGUGUUCCAUUUAGACCCUUAGUACUUCUAACAAAAAAAAAUGCCACUUUACAGCAAAACCAAAAAAAAAAGACAAAUUAAAAAAAAAAAACCCUGUAUAAUUUCACAUUUAAAAGGAGCUCUAUCACUGAUAUUCCUACCAAAUAAAUCUCCUAUUUUCUUAGUCCAUACCAAAUUGUAGUGUGUUUCACUUAUCCUAGGAGUAUUUUUAAUAUUCAUUUUACCAUGCAUCAUUUACUCAGGUUAUACUUCCAAGUUUACUAUGAGAGUUCUAUCUAGAAUAAAGAAAAUAGACCUUUUUCAAAAGCCAAUUGUAAAAUAUUUUAGAUGCCUGUAUUCUUUAUCAUACAUAUUUUGGGCAUUUACUUUAGGAGAAACUGCUUCAUGAAUUAUAUCCACAUCUGUGUCUUACACUCAAAAAGAAGGUAACCCAAUUUCCCUUCUCCAAUAUCAGAUCUUUACCCUAUACACACUAUUAGCAUCAGGGGUAAAAAUAAAAUAAAGAGUGAAGUAUCAUAUCUGAGGUCCAUUACUUUUUUACAAAUUUCACCAUGAAUAUUUAAGGAAAUAUUUUUUUUUCAUGCAUUAGUAACAAUUGGUCACAUUAUGUGCCAGCUAACCCACUUCUCAUUAUCUUAUCAUCAUCUAUCCCAGGUAACUGAUGCUUUACCCAUGAAUACAAGUUAUUGGAGAGAGUCAUUAACAAACUAUGUAACAGAUCAAAUUAUUAUGAACAGUCAGUCUGGAUGCUCCAUGAAUCUACAGCAUGCUUUGAAGUCUGAAUUAUUGUGAGCCUUUUCUCUUUUCUGUGCUUUGUUUUCCUGGGCAGAUUUUAAAAAAAUGUGGAAGUCAUCAUAUGAUACUCCAAAAUGCUCCUACUUAGAAGUCUGAACUUAUAUAACUGAAUAUAAAACUGAAGUCUUGGGAACACUGUUUUAGAUACCAUAUCCUUCUCUCUGACCUCCUUUUCUCUUACCUGCAUAAAUUUCCACUGAUGCAUACUACUUUUCAGAACUUACAACCCCUUUGUUCUCUCUUCAGUGUGGCAUUCUCUUUUCUGCUCAUGCGGUGCAAUUUCUAUUUUUUGUUUUUCUCCUGGCCUUUUACCAAUGUUCCUACAAUGGCAAUGAAGGCGAGAGACAUAGAUGGAAUGAGCUUCAUUAAUUUCCUAAUGUAUUAUUCUUCCAUGCCUUGCACCCCUCAAUAGAAGACUAAUUUGAGAGAGCCAUUGAGCACCACAUAGAAAAUAUUCUUUAGUAACAGAGGACUAGUAAGUGCUCUUAGUGCUAACUGUCCUACCAAGUGAAUUUUCACAAUGCAAGGUAACAUCCAGAAAGAGUCCUUUUCUAUUCAGUGGUCAACUGGUGUCCUGCCUUGAUAGCUGGAUAUUUUUCACUGAAAGAGAACAUGCAAGAAAAAGCUGUCUAUCAUACGGGAUGAAAGACAUGAGGCCACAUGAAUUCAUGCUCUGUCUUUCUUCACAAAAAGCUUGAGAAUUUGACCUCUGUCAGUCUUGCUUUUCAUUGCACGCCCUUUUGUUAAGAUAAUUCCAAAAAAUAGUGCUGGAUAACUAAGGGACAUUUGGACAAUGUAUUUUUCUGUCACUUCUUUUCAUUACCAAAAAGGUUAUUGUUUUAUUCCUCUGUCUUUCUUGUCUUCCACAGGUCACAUUUAGAUUCCCCCCACACCAAAAAAAAAAAGCCUUUAAAAAUGAUUAAAUAGUGACCAAAAGAAGGAAUCAUGGGUACACCCAAUAUUAGGUUUGAAUAUCUGAAAAGCAACUGAGUAAUAGUUCAGGUUUGGUGAUGUUUCCUGUGAAAUGAUAAGUGGUUUAAUUGAAUUAUUUCCAAGUACUGUUUUUAAUCUCUACCCCUUUACAAAAGGAAAAAAAAACCAACUUAUUUUCACAUUUAUCAGGCUUAAACUUUUUUUUCUUUUUCAUUUUUCUCUGUCUCUCAGUUUUGAUUUCACUAAUUCAGAGUAGUUGAAUGUACUGGUGAGAAGAAAUAAAAAAAGUCACAAGUUUUCCAAAAUAAAGGCUUGCUAUUUAAAUUUUC